GCCAUUACGCAACCACAUUCAUUAUAUAAUCGUUACAGACACUUCCCCAAAUCAGAUUCUGAAUCCCUAAAUCGCCCGGCGAAACUCGACGGCGUUUCUUACUUUUUUGAGUUUCAUCUUCUCUCCGGUCAACGAUGGCGUCUCUCAAUCUUCACGCCGGGGCCGCCACCGACCCAUAUUCACUCGUUCGCGGUAAUCGAGCUCCGCUCCGAUCCAAACCCGACCCGCUUCACUUUACCCCAAUCUCAAAGAGAAGACCUGUCCAGCGCGUUUACGCGACCUGCUCCCCGCCGUGCGAUCUCCGGGCUGUUCUGCCGAUGGACCGGAAGGGUCUAUUCGCCUCCCAAGAUGAAGCGGGCGGGAAUGAGAAUAAAAUCGCUGCGGCGAAUCUGGAUAGGUGGAUGCGCGGAUCGGUCGGCGAAAUUGUUAAGAACUUGAAUAGAGCGCCGCUGCUAGUCCACGUGUACUCGGAGGAGGAGGACGGCGGAGGAAAGGCGGAUACCAGAACAGAGAGGGCCGUCGUGGAGGAGUGGCCGGCGGUGAAGCGGGAGUGGGAGAGCGGGGAGAGGAAGACCCCUGACGGGUUGAUCUUCGUGGAAGCGCUCCGUGAAGAAGAGGCGGCGGAGGAAGAGGGAAGGUGUGGUGGGGGGGACGGUGGAGAGGCGGAUGGGGUGAGUAGGGCAUGGGGGGUGGUGGUGCAGGGGAGAGGAGCAGAGUGUGGGCCCGCGUGUUAUCUGUUGAAGACGAGUAGCGUGAGGGCGGGGACGGGAAUGGGAUUGUUCUGCACCCAUUUUUGUCUGGUGAGAGUGAAGAGUUUCAGGGAAAGUGCGUUUCUCCAGUUCAAGAAUUGCUGGUUGUUACAAUGACCACUUUGAUCCUCUUCUUCUUCUUCUUCUUCUUCUUCUUCAGGAUGUAGUCGAUCUUCAAUUUGUUUGCACCCAGUUCGAGAUUGAUGAAUUGAAGACUUCUCCAAUUGAUAUGUAUUGAAUGUAAAUUUUUAAAGUUCAUGAAAGUUUAUGUAUAUUCAAACACUCAUUCAUUAUAAGCGUAUAAAUUUAACUCAAAUCAUUAUAUUAAUUCUCUAGUAGUUCCUUUUCUUCUUUCCAAAUACAGUAGUUCUGUAGACAUUUUCUUGGCCCGGAGAGGUUUGGCGUGAAUGAAAGUUUACAAAUUAAAAC